CCCAUGUAACGCCCAGAAAACUUCAAUACAGUAUACAUUCGCCGCCGUCUAGAAAUAAAAGUAUAUAUAUAUAUGAAAGUGUGAAAGUUUUUCUGAACUAGGGUUUGUAUUUUUGUUUUUGCAAUAAUAAUAUUAUUGCAAUAAUGAGUGCUUUCAGACAAUUUUACCAGAGAGCUUCAAAUGCUUACAGCAGCAACCCUCGUCUCUAUAAAUUGCUUGUUAUUACAACCGUCAGUGGUGGAGGGCUACUUGCAAUCUCAAACAGCAGUGCAUUUGCCGAUGCAAGUCAAGUUGACGUGAAGAAGAAGAAAGUUGUUGUUCUCGGAACAGGUUGGGCCGGGACAAGCUUCCUUAAAAACUUGAAAGAUCCUUCGUAUGAAAUUGAGGUUGUCUCUCCGAGAAACUACUUUGCUUUCACUCCUUUGUUGCCUAGCGUUACUAAUGGCACCGUCGAAGCACGUAGCAUCGUCGAGCCGAUUCGCAACAUUGUCCGAAAGAAAAAGUUUGAUGUUCAAUUCAAAGAAGCCGAGUGCUACAAAAUCGACACGGUAAACAAGAAGGUACACUGCAAAUCCACACAGGACAACAAUUUAGGCGGGACCGAAGAAUUCACAGUCGAUUACGACUAUCUCGUUAUAGCAAUGGGUGCUCGUGUCAAUACCUUUAAUACCCCUGGCGUCGUUGAGCAUGCACACUUUCUCAAGGAAAUAGAGGAUGCACAGAGAAUUCGAAGAUCUGUGAUCGACUGUUUCGAGAGGGCGAGUCUUCCGAAUAUAACCGAAGAGGAAAGGAAGAGGAUUCUUCACUUUGUUGUUGUUGGAGGUGGGCCCACAGGGGUCGAGUUUGCCGCAGAGCUUCACGAUUAUGUGAUCGAGGAUUUGGCCAAACUUUAUCCUGCACUCGAAGAACACGUCAAAAUCACUCUUCUCGAAGCUGGCGAUCACAUUUUGAACAUGUUUGACAAGAGGAUUACGGUUUUUGCGGAAGAGAAGUUCCAGAGGGACGGUAUAAACUUGAAAGUUGGUUCGAUGGUGACAAAGGUUAGUGAAAAGGAGAUAUGUACUAAAGAGAGAGCCACUGGACAAACUGUAUCUAUACCGUAUGGAAUGGUUGUCUGGUCCACCGGUAUAGGAACUCGACCCGUUGUCAUGGAUUUCAUGAAGCAAAUUGGACAGACAAACAGGAGAGUUUUAGCAACUGAUGAAUGGCUUAGGGUUGAAGGAUGCGACGACAUCUACGCUUUAGGUGAUUGUGCCACGAUAAAUCAACGUAGAGUCAUGGAGGAUAUUUCGGCCAUCUUCAACAAAGCAGACAAGAAAAACACGGGUCGACUUAAGGUUGACGAUUUUAAGGAAGUGAUAAACGACAUAUGCGAGAGGUACCCACAGGUGGCAAUUCAUCUGAAGAAGAAGCAGCUUAAGAACUUCAAUAAUCUCCUAAAAAAUUCACAAGGAGACGAUGAGCUGGACAUUGAGAAAUUCAAGCUCGCACUUUCCGAAGUCGAUUCGCAGAUGAAAAAUCUCCCCGCAACUGCACAGGUGGCUGCACAACAAGGGGAAUAUCUGGCUGAGUGUUUCGAUAAAAUGGAUGCAUGUGAGAAGAAUCCGGAAGGUCCAUUGAGGUUCCGAGCAACAGGAAGGCAUCGUUUUCAUCCAUUCAGGUACCAACAUUUUGGGCAAUUUGCUCCAUUGGGUGGAGAACAAACUGCGGCUCAGCUCCCCGGCGACUGGGUUUCAAUAGGUCACAGCACACAGUGGCUAUGGUACUCCGUCUAUGUCAGUAAGCUAGUGAGCUGGCGCACAAGAAUGUUGGUUAUCUCCGACUGGGGAAGGCGUUUCGUAUUCGGUAGGGACUCGAGCAGAAUCUGAGUCAAAAAUCCGAUCCCCUGCACAUCGAGUUUUUAAGGAAAAGAAUUUUCUCAUGCCAUUUACCUUCAGUAUGCUACUUGACAGCACAAAACUUCGUUGAACCGUAGUUCAUAAAUUUUAAUGUAGGAUUUAUUAUGUUCAGUUAAAGAAUUUCCGGUAGUUGUUUUACUAAGAUAUAGAGAUUUGGUGCAUAAGGUUUUUUAUCUUAUUUUUUGAAUUUUUUUUUCUCCAAUCAAUGCAUACAAAUGUUUAGCAACUAUGUUAUAUGCCCUAACAGACAUCCUUCAUGUUUGUGUAAUUACAACCACCCCUCAACUACGAAUCUUCUUACGCGUUCAACAUUGCGGUGUCAAAAUAUUCUCCAGUUUGUACCCGUUUUAUCCUAUUCGAGCUUCACACUUUGAAAUAGAUUAUGUUGAAUAUUCUCCAGUUUGUACCCGUUAUACCCUA